CUUGCUGUCGCGGCGUCAGUGCGGAUGUGGAGCCCGCAACACAACGCUCUCCACCCGUCGGCAAGCAUCGGAGAAGAAGAUGAAAUGUUUUUCCCGUUAUCUCCCGUACCUCUUCCGCCCUCCGAGCACCAUCCUGUCCUCCACUUGCCACACCGAAGCUGACAUUAUCUCAACGGUUGAGUUUAACUCAUCGGGGGAGCUGUUGGCCACCGGGGAUAAAGGAGGCAGAGUGGUUGUCUUCCAAAGGGAGCAGGAGAGUAAGAGCCAGCCCCAACGUCGGGGGGAGUACAAUGUUUACAGCACAUUCCAGAGCCAUGAGCCGGAGUUUGACUACCUGAAGAGUUUGGAGAUUGAGGAGAAGAUCAACAAGAUCAAAUGGCUUCCUCAGCAGAACGCCGCCUACUUCCUGCUCUCCACCAACGACAAGACGGUGAAGCUGUGGAAAAUCAGCGAGAGAGACAAGCGUCCAGAGGGCUACAACCUGAAGGAUGACGACGGACGGAUCAGAGACCCGUCGACCAUCACCUCGCUACGGGUGCCGGUGCUGCAGCCCAUGGACUUGAUGGUUGAGGCUACAUCCAGGCGUGUAUUCAGCAAUGCCCACACCUACCACAUCAACUCCAUCUCUGUCAACUCGGACCUUCAGACGUACAUCUCAACCGACGACCUCAGGGUGAACCUGUGGAACCUGGAGAUCACCGAUCGCAGCUUCAACAUUGUGGACAUCAAGCCAGCCAACAUGGAGGAGCUGACGGAGGUGAUCACUUCAGCAGAGUUCCAUCCCCAGCAGUGUCACACCUUUGCCUACAGCAGCAGCAAAGGCUCAAUACGCCUCUGUGAUAUGAGAGAGGCUGCGCUCUGCGACAAACACUGCAAAUACUUUGAGGAGCCAGAGGAUCCCUCCACUCGCUCCUUUUUCUCUGAAAUCAUCUCAUCCAUCUCGGACGUGAAGUUCAGCCACAACGGGCGCUACCUGAUGACACGGGACUACCUCACUGUCAAGGUGUGGGACCUUCAAAUGGAGAACAAACCACUAGAGACAUACCAGGUUCAUGACUAUUUACGUGGCAAACUUUGCUCUCUGUAUGAGAAUGACUGCAUCUUUGACAAGUUUGAGUGUGUCUGGAAUGGAUCAGACAGCGUAAUAAUGACCGGCUCCUACAACAACUUUUUCCGAAUGUUUGACCGGAACACUAAACGUGACGUCACACUGGAGGCGUCCAGGGAGAACAGCAAACCCAGAGCCAUUCUUAAGCCUCGCAAGGUGUGUGUAGGUGGGAAGCGACGUAAGGAUGAGAUCAGUGUAGACAGCCUUGACUUCAGCAAGAAGAUCCUACACACUACGUGGCACCCGCAUGAGAACAUCAUCGCUGUAGCGGCCACCAACAACCUCUACAUCUUCCAAGACAAAGUCAACUAAAGCUGCUGACCCCUGAGGGGUCUGCAGGGAGAGCUCGGGUUGGAGAAAGAGAGAAGACGGAGCCCUUAUCUACGUUCUUCUCCUCCUCUCCCUAGGUCUUGUUGCUGCCAGUCUCGAAUUUUGCCGCUCUGCUGAGGAAGCGCAGAGAUGAGUAUCCAGUGACUGAAUAACGGACAGUAUGAAUUCUGGAAAUUGA